AUGAAAUUGGCUCGUUCCGAUACCAAGAAAACGGCCGCCGAUAUCGACAAUGAGGUGUCAGCGUCCCGAACAGUCACCGGAGGUGCCAGCAAUGAACCCAUUUCCGGUGAGGGCGAGAAGCUGGAGCGCAACAUCACCAUUCGCCAGAUGAUCUUCAUGGCGCUCGGCGGCUCCAUCGGCGCCGGCCUCUUCGUGGGCUCUGGUGCCGCACUGAGCUCCGGCGGUCCUUUGAGCUUAGUCCUCAACUUUGCCCUCGUUGGUUUCGGUGUCGGUUGCACCAUGGGCUGUCUUGGAGAACUCGCAGCUUCGUACCCGGUUGCCGGCGCCUUCUACGACUACUCGAGACGCAUGAUCUCGGAGCCGUGGGGUUUCGCCAUGGGUUGGAACUUCGUGUUCAACUGGCUCAUCGUUUUCCCAUUCGAGCUCACCACCAUUGCGGCUCAGGUUAAGUACUGGGUGCCAGACCUCCAGCCAGCCUAUGUCAUCACGCCCAUUCUCUUCGCCCUCACGGGCACUGCUUUCCUCGGAUCUCGUUGGUUCGGCGAGCUCGAGCACGCUUUCGGUAUCGGAAAAGCCGUGGCAGUCACCGUCUUCAUCUUUGCCGCCAUCUUCAUCAUCUCUGGCGCCGUGCCCUCUGAUCCCAGACACGGAACGGGCGCCGAAUAUUGGUUUAACCCCGGCGCGAUCAACAAUGGUGCCUCCGGAUUCUUCCUCGUAUUUCGUACAACCGGCAUGGCGUACGGCGGUACUGAACACCUGGGUCUCACCGCAGCCGAAUGCAAGAACCCCCAGAAGGCUCUACCACUGGCGACCAAGAUCGUAUUCGCCCGCAUCUUCUUCUUCUACAUCAUCUCCCUCCUCUUGCUCGGCUUCGUCGUCCCGUCCAACCAUCCGGAUCUCGCCUCCACGGGCCACGGCGCAAAGUACAGCCCCUUCACGCUCGCCGCUCAACUGGCCAACAUCAAGCAUCUUCCGGACUUCUUCAACGUACUCAUCGUCGUCGCUAUCGUGUCCAUGGCCAACGCCAGCAUCUUCGCCGCCAGCCGAGCGUUCCAGGCCCUUUGCGAGAAGGGCAUGGGUCCCCGUUGGGGUGCCACGGUCAAGUGGGGUGUGCCGAUUUACGCCUUCGCGGUGACUUUCAUCGUCGGCCUGCUCGCCUUCGUCAACUUGGCUCCGGGCGGUGAAGCCAUCUUCGACUGGUUACUGAGCCUUUCGGGGGCCAGCAACUACUACACAUGGGCCUCGAUCUGCGUCAGUCAUAUUCGCUUCCGCAAGGCGUGGGCCGCUAAGGGCCAUGACUACAAGACGCUUCUGUGGACCAGCCCGUUCGGCACUUGGGGUGCUUGGGUUGGCUUGAUCAUCUGCAUCAUCGGGUUGCUUGCGAACAUCAUCACAGCCAUUAUCCCCGUUGGCGGCGAAUACUCGGCAGAGGCCAUCAUCAGGGACAACAUCGGAACCGUUAUCCCUCCGAUUCUUUACUUUGGAUACCGCUUCUAUCAGCAUAAAUUCCUGAAGGAAAAGAAGCCGAUCCUAAUCCCUCUCGAGGAGGUGGACGUACAAACAGGUAUCCGGCUUCAUGCUGACAGCUCCGGCGCGGAUGUCGAACAGCCCACGUUUGUCAACGUCGUGAAGCCGCAGUAG